AGCGCAGGCGCCACAACAAUGGAGGAAAGGAAACAGAGGUGCAGAGUUCGGGCUCAGUUCAGGCAUCAGAGUUCAGGAAGAGGAGAGUUUCAGAAGGGAGAGAAGAGAGAGAGACAGAGGUUUCUGAUCGCUCUGGCUUGCGGUGGUGCAGCGAGGAUGAUGGCUGCUGCCGCCGGUGUGAAGAAGACGGCUGCGCCAUGGGUUCUAGCUUGCGGCUUCUUGCUCUGCUUGGCAGGCUUUCUUGGAGCUGAGGGUGCCAUUGGCGUGAACUACGGCAUGGUCGCCAACAACCUGCCGGCGCCGGAGCAGGUGAUCUCCAUGUACGUGGCCAAGAACAUCAGCUACGUGCGGCUGUUCCACCCGGACACGUCCGUGCUCACCGCGCUCCGGGGCUCCGGCAUCGGCGUCGUCCUGGGCACGCUGAACGAGGACCUCCAGCGCCUGGCGUCCGACCAGUCCUUCGCCGCGUCGUGGGUCGCCACCAACGUCCAGCCCUUCGCCGGCGCCGUCCAGUUCCGGUACAUCAACGCCGGCAACGAGGUCAUCCCGGGCGAGUCCGCCGCGCACGUGCUCCCGGCCAUGCAGAACCUCGAGUCCGCGCUCCGGUCCGCCGGGGUGAGCGGCGUCGCCGUCACGACGGCCGUGGCGACGGCCGUGCUGGGCGCGUCGUACCCGCCGUCCCAGGGCGCGUUCUCCGAGGCGGCGGCGCCGGUGAUGGCCCCGAUCGUCUCGUACCUGUCGUCCAAGAACGCGCCGCUGCUGGUGAACGUGUACCCGUACUUCGCCUACUCGAACAGCGGCGGGCAGGUGGCGCUCGGGUACGCGCUGCUGUCGGCGGCCGGCUCCGGCGCUGCGUCGUCGUCGUCGGUGGCGGACGGCGGGGUGGUGUACACCAACAUGUUCGACGCGAUCGUGGACGCGACGCACGCGGCGGUGGAGAAGGCCGGGGUGCAGGGCCUGGAGCUGGUGGUGUCGGAGACCGGAUGGCCGUCCGGCGGCGGCGAGGGCGCCAGCGUGGAGAACGCGGCGGCGUACAACAACAACGUGGUCCGGCACGUCGGCGGCGGCACGCCGCGGCGGCCCGGGAAGCCCGUGGAGACAUACCUGUUCGCCAUGUUCAACGAGAACCAGAAGACCGAGGGCGUGGAGCAGCACUUCGGGCUCUUCCAGCCGGACAUGAGCGAGGUCUACCACGUCGACUUCACGGCGGGAUCAUCCUAGGCUUAGCUAGGGCGCUGCUCAUUGUUCAGAGCUCAGACACGAUUCCUUCGAGCUGCUCGAUGCUAGAGCACUGUGGCUAGGCUUUCUUACGGAGUAGUUCUUACUGCGCACCCUGUCCGUGCGUGUGUACAGUGCAUGCCGGUACACGGCGUUAUCCCCUUGGAUUUGUCUUCGUUGUUGAGCACAUUGCUGUCGUGAUUAGUGAUGCACUUAUUCAGAACUUCAGUA